AAACAGGGACAGCCCCAAAAGGGGGUUGGCCCGGGCCGCGGCCCCGGGCCCCAUGUCCCUUGCUCCCCCAGCUGGGGAUGGGCCACGUUUCUUCGCCCGGGCCUUGUCCAUCGGCAUCGAGCUGUGCAUCUUCCUGGUGACCGUGGUGACUGCCUUCAUCUUCAGUCAAUUCCGCAAGAAGCACCUGGAGUGGACCAAGCUCAAGGUAUCUCCGCUUGAGGAGAAGGCACCAGUGGCAAGCUCACGGAAGCUCAGCCAGGGAGAGCUGUGGAGAUCUGGCUCCGAGCUAAAGCGCUCAGACGGCAAGUGGGUGGCAGCCGCAAUGGAAGGCAUCUCCACGGGCGCGAGGGACCCGGCGCACACCACACGGACCGUGAAUCACGUUCUGAACCUCUACGAGAACUUGCUGACAAAGCUGGCAGAGCAGGACCUGCGACUUUCUGAGGCUGCGGCCUUGCAUCAAACGGUGGAGUGCUAUGCUUCUCUGGUGUACUGCGUGAUCCGCGCAAGUCGGUACAACCUGGUCGAGAGGCUGCUGGAUGAUAUGGUGAGCCAGGGCGUGGCUCGGCCACUCCAUUUCUACGAAAGCACGAUGAAGCAGCUGGCAGGAGUCAAGAAGUACAAGCUCGCCCUUUCCGUCUACGACCGCCUUGCGGCAGAUGGCCUGCAGCCUUCCGCAGUCACCCUAAGCUGCCUCAUCAACUUCUCGGUGGAGGUGGGCGAGCUCCAGCGGGCCAUCAGUUUCUUUAAGGCCCUGUCUUCGGUGAACACGCCAUCUAUCCGAGCGUACAUGACAGUCCUCCGCGUCCACAGCAUGCGGCAGGACUGGCCGUCGACUAUUUGGACGAUCCGAGAUAUGCAGCGCCGCGGUGUGGCUGUGGACACCUUGGCUUUGAACGUGGCCCUCGGCACCGGGGUGACGGAACACCUGGAGGAAGUGGAAGCCUUGGUGGAAGAGGCAGACAGCGUGGACACCGUGUCGUACAACACCCUGAUCAAAGGCCACGCGCAGCGCGGCGACGUGGGCAAAGCCCGGCAGGCGUUGCGGCGCCUGGUUCAGCGCAACCUGCGGCCCAAUGCCAUCACCUUCAACACGGUCAUGGAUGCAGCCGUGCGUGCCGGAGAUGCUCCAAUGUCGUGGCAGAUCCUGGAGCAGAUGCAGCAACGAGGGCUGAAGCCCGACCGGUUCACCUGCUCCAUCCUGGUGAAGGGCCUAGCCAAGAGCGCCGAGCCGGACCUCAGGAAGGCCCUGGCUUUGAUUCAGCAGGUGGCCCCAUCUUGCGACAAGGCCUUCCUGACUCACGUUUUGCACUCCGUCUUGGAGGCUUGCGGUACCUCUGCAAUGGCGCAGCAGGUCUUCGUUGAGAUGCGCCGCCACCAGAUCUCUGCAUCGCCGUCAGCGCAGAAGCAGCUUUUGCAGGCUCUGGCAGAAGCAAAUCCGGAGUGAGUAGCUCUCGGGAAGCGGGAGCAUUCAAAUUGGGUUCGAUGAUGG